AUGGAUGACUCGGAAAAGACCGUUCCACAACUACGAGUCCAAAUAGACGACUUGGAAGCCGAUGCCAGGCGUAUCUCCACGCAACUCGACAGGAUAUUGGUAGAGUUUAAGGGAUCGAUUCAUGGCAUGUCCCAGCUGACCGUUGAAUGCUCGAAGAUUUACCAGUCCGCGGUGCUGAAAGUUUGCGACUCGUCCGACGCGGCUGUCAAGUCCUUAUAUCAACUUAUGGCCAGAGCCGAUUCGCUCUUGGAUGCAAUGAAGCAACUUCCGGAUUUGGCACAAAAAAUAAAGGACAUAAAACAGAUGCUGGACAUCCUGGACAGCGUCAUGCGGAAGCAGCCAGAUCCGUUAUAA